CACAAGACAACGACGACGGCGACGACGACGACGAUAGCGGAGGCCUCACCACGCUGGCCUGCUCAUGCCGACGUGCGCACGCAACUUGCCGGUCCUCAUCUUGAAUGUCUUGAAUGUCUUGGAUGGUCACCCCGCCGCCCUCGCCCUGCUUUCUGCCUUGAUUUUUGCCCUCGACCUCGCUCUCGCCAUCGUCGACUACUGAAAUCUACUGUCUGACGAAUCCACAACCGCGAACCCACGCACUUGCGCGCACAUUCACAGUCACUCACAUCCACGCAACGGAUCCUACCACAGCUUCAAUGGAUCAGCAGCCUCCCUCCCACGAGAACGGCGCAGGAGUACCACCUCCGACGGGUUAUACUAUGGCUUCCAACGUGGAAGCCCCAGACCAAGCUGGUAUCAGCGCAGACGAAAUUGCGUUGUACGAUAGACAAAUAAGACUCUGGGGAGUGCAAGCACAAGAGAACAUUCGCAAGGCAAACAUCCUGCUUGUCCGCGUAAAGGCACUUGCCAACGAAGUGGCAAAGAACCUUGUUCUUGCGGGCAUCCACUCCAUUACUCUCAUCGACCACGAGCAAGUCACCGCUGAUGACCUCGGCGCCCAAUUCCUCAUUAACGAAUCGCACAUUGGUCAGAACCGGGCGCAAGCCGCAGUUGCAGAGCUUCAGAAGCUCAACCCGCGUGUGAGAUGUACCGCCGAUCCCGAAAACAUCGAGAACAAGGCCGAUCUUGUCGCCUAUGUCUCCCCCUUUGAUCUGGUCAUCGGCACGGAUUUGACCUUCCCAAUCGCUCAACUAGUCAGCGCGGCGCGUCGCAUGGCCAACAAGCCCAGCUACAUUGCUGGCACACACGGAAUGUACGGCUUCAUCUUCGCCGACCUCAUUCAGCACACCUUCACCAUUGAGCGCGAGAAAUUCAACGCGCCAUCCAAGGUCGGUCCUGAGACACUGACACGUACAAUACUCUCUUCGAGCAGCAAGCGCGAGAAAGGCGAGCUCAAGGAGACGGUACUCAAGCAGGAGAUUUAUACCCCUCUCCUGCUGGCCAACACAUCCCCUCUACCCGCCGACAUCCUCAACAACCGGAGGAAGUUGAAGCAGGUCACACCGCUUUUGCCAUGUCUAAGAGCGCUAUGGGAUUUUGAGACGGAGCAGGGACGUCUACCCGCUCCCAAUCCGGCGGAUCUGAAGUUGUACACUACGAAGGCAACCGAAAAGCACCGCGAAUUGCAGUUACCCAUUGAGACGUUGAAAUCCGACUUCCUGCGCUCCUUUAUACAGAAUCUGGGAUCCGAAAUCGCACCCGUAACUGCCACGCUAGGAGGUAUGUUGGCGCAAGAUGCCAUCAACGUGUUGGGCAAAAGGGAACAGCCCAUUCAGAAUUUCGUGCUGUUCAAUGGAGAAGAGUAUCAGGCGCCGGUUUACGCAUUGCACCCUAUAUUCAAUGACGGUAUGGAUGGAAUGGUCCCUGCUCAGCCCAUGGCAAUGCCUAUUGAUGCAACAACCAUAGCAAAUGGAGGCAUGGCUUUCGACAUGUCUAGCGGAGUAAAUGCAACGAUAACGAGCGCAGCAGUAGACCACAGCAUAAACGGGGUGCCCAGCUCGUGACGAGCGCACAGUAGAUAUAAGCUGCGAAACGAAAAGUGUAAUGCAAUAAGAAAAAUAAAGGGGGGGUUUCAAGGAUCUUAUUAACGAGGCGAAAAGUUCUGUGUCGGCCCAUCGACUGCAGAAAAUCGACGGCUUGACCCUUUUAAGGUACUGAAACUGCCAACGCGCAAGAUCGGAAUCUAUGCAAAAUUAAACGUACGCUGUCAUUACUUGGGAGCAUCAUUGCCCAACGUCAAUCGGUGGCGGAUUGGUCAAGUCGAGAUGUACAUUACUGCCAGCAUAUAGUACGCAUUUCGCUUAGCUCCUCCACGAUCGAGCGAAGUACGAGAGCUCGCCAUUGAUCCACCGAUACCACCAAAAUUCAGGAGUUGGGAGAAAUUGCCACGGCAAGGCAAUGACAUCUCCGUGCUUGCCAAUAAGGUGUAUCUCGCCCGUCAACACACUCAAAUGCCACCGACGUUCUAGAUCUUUUUUUGUCUUGUUCCUAGCAUUUCAAGCCAUCAUACUGUCCCUGCGAUACUGAGACCCCUGAUCUCCUGCAAAACCUCUUCAACCCUCUGAUCCAGCACUCCAUCCGCGUAUUGGUCCCUGG